AUGCCCAUCUGCAUCGAGUGCUCAUACCCGGUGUCGCACCUGUAUAGUGCCUACAGUCGUGCUGAUGACCGCUCCCAGGGAAAAGGCGUGCGAUUGACGCAGUGUCCGCGCUGCCAGCGUUUCGCGGACAAAUAUGUCGAAUAUGACUUCGUCGUGAUCUUUAUCGACCUCGUACUCAUCAAGCCGCAGCGAUCGAUCAUACGCCUCGGCAUUCUUCUCCUCCUGUUCGAUGUCUACCUGACCUGGGCCCGGCUCGAAAAAGACCCUUCUCUCGGCAAUUCUUUUCUCUCGCGCACCCCUAUUGUCGUGCAGUAUCUCUUCUUCCUGACUCUGAACGCUGUGGCCACUCUCGCCCACCACCUCACUGUGCGCCUCCUCGCCUCCAUCCUUGUCCCCAAAUCCCAUCGCUACAGCGCACCCGACACGACGAAUGCCAAUUCCACUGCAGCCAGCACGGGCAACACCACGCCGCUCCCCUCGGGCCCUCCAACACCAACAAUCCGACCCUCUCCACCAUCGCAUGCCCCGAACGCCAAGUUCACGCAACAUUUCGGCUCCAUCGGCGCUCCUGCAAAGCUCACUCCCAACGUAGGCUCUACCAGCGAGCCCACAACCACGCCAGACCCAUUCCCUACGCCCGCGCCAACCACAACCGCACCGCAACGCCCACCCCCACCCCUACGGCGCACAUCCACCGCUCCAAUCCACAGCAUCCGACCACUUCCCCCUCCCACCUCUGCCAGUCCUACGGCGAUUAGCACCGCCCUCCUCGUCAGCAGCUGCGCCAAGCUCUUCCCCAUCCUUCUCGUGAUCUGGGGCGCGGACGGCAGCGACAACACCACCACGGCGGAGAGCAGCGCACCCAGCGCAAUCCGAAAAGAUCUCGGUGCGUCCAAAGCCGCGCUCUCCUCGGAGCGCGGCGCCGCCGCCGCAGCCUCCAUCUUGGAGUCCUCGCUCGCCGCGGCGGAGUCUUUCCUGCGACCGUACCUGCCCACCCGGUACUUGACAGGGCUGUUCCGGGUGCUGGCAUCGCUACUGUCGCUGGGGGUAGUGGAUACGCACCUAGUGCUUCUGAGCAAUAUCGAGGCGCUGUAUAUUCUGCUUGGGUGUGGGUAUCUACGUGCCGUGGCGGUUGCGGUUGCAGGCCAGAUUGCGCGGUGGGCAGUGCAAAGGGUUAUCCUUGGGGCUGUUGGAGUAGGGUAG